AUGGAUAAUAUCAGUAUGCCUGGUACUCCUGGUAGUCAACCUCCCAGCUCCUCAAUUGAUGGACCUUCAGGGGUGGAAGCCCAAACUGUUGAGAAUCAACAGAAUGAGCAACCUCCUACUGCUGUUCCAGCCAAGAAGAGGAAACAGGUUGCUUCCAGAUCACCAGUGUGGGAUCAUUUUGAGGCAAUAAAGGACACUAAUAAUGUGGUUGUAAAAGAUGGUCAGCCUACUGUGGGAGAAAUAGGGACUUGGGUUUUUAAUCAAGAGUCAAUAAGGAGGGCCUUGGUUGAAAUGAUAAUCAUAGAUGAAUUGCCUUUUAGGUUUGUGGAGGGAAUAGGUUUCAGGAGGUUCAUAGCUAUUGCUUGCCCUAGGUUUAUAGUUCCAUCCAGGUGGACUAUAAGUAGGGACAUCCUAGUUGUCUAUGAUGAGGAGAGACUGAAAUUGAAGCAAUUUUUAAGGGGAAGCAGUCAUAGGGUUAGUAUCACUACAGAUUCUUGGACAUCCAUCCAAAGAAUUAACUACAUGGUAGUUACUGCCCAUUUCAUUGAUUCUGAGUGGAAGCUUCAUAAGAAAAUCCUUGCAUUUGUCCCUGUUACUUCUCACAAAGGUGAAUAUCUAGCCAAAGCCCUAGAAAAUUGUUUGCUUGAGUGGGGGCUUAGAGAUGUGUUUUCUGUGACUGUUGAUAAUGCCUCAUCAAAUGACACUGCUAUGGUUUUUCUGAAGAAAAAAAUGCUGUCUUGGGGAUCAUCUACUGUGAGGACAAAGUAUCUUCACAUGAGAUGUAUUGCCCAUAUCUUAAACCUAGUAGUUCAAGAUGGUCUUAAGGAUUGUGAUAGUUCAGUUAAGAAGGUUAGGGAGGUGGUUAGAUAUGUUAGAAACUCUCCUGCUAGACUCAAGAAGUUCAGGGAUUUGGCUGAUUGGUUGAGUAUUGAACAAAGGUCUUCUUUGUGUUUAGAUGUUCCAACCAGAUGGAACUCUACCUAUUUAAUGUUGCAGUCUGCAUUAACUUACCAAAAAGUGUUUGAAUCUUUGGAGUCUGAUUGCUCUUUUAAGUCUGAUUUGGGUAAUUCAAUUCCUGAUUUUAUGGACUGGGAAUCUGUUGGCAGUCUGGUUCAUUUGCUGAAGUGUUUUUAUGACAUGACCAUUAGAAUUUCUGGUUCUUUAUAUGUCACCUCAAACACUUUCUUUACUGAGAUUUCUGAUCUGUACUGCCUAUUGAAAGGCAUGGUGGAAGUUGGUGGGCCAGUUGGUGUGAUGGGGAAAAAUAUGAAGGCAAAAUUUGAGAAGUAUUGGGGUGAUGUGGAAAAAAUGAAUCUAAUGAUAUUUUUUGCAAACAUUCUAGACCCUAGAGACAAGUUAGAGUAUAUGCCUACUCAGUUUAAUCAUAUGUAUGGUGAGGAAAAGGGUCAAAAAUUCUAUGACAAAGUAAUUGCUGGUCUUGCUGAGUUAUUUGAUGAUUAUUCUACAUCUGCCUCUUCUUCUGUCCCUUCUGUGCCUGUCCCUUCUGUGCCUGUGUCUGUACAGCCUACAUCUGCCUCUUCUGUUUCUGUUGGGAAGCCACAACAUUUUCUGAAGUCCCAAAUUAAAAAGCAAAGAUUGGAGUCUGGGGGUAAGAAACAAACUGAGUUGGAUAUGUACUUGAGUGAGGGAAUAGUUGAAGAGGAAGAAUCUUUUGACAUACUUGGAUGGUGGAAGAUCAACUCUGCUAGGUUUCCAGUUCUGUCUAAGCUUGCUAGGGAUCUCCUAGCCAUUCCAAUCUCCACUGUAGCCUCAGAAUCUGCCUUCAGUACAUCUGAAAGAGUAUUGGAUCCUUUUAGGAGUUCUUUAACUCCAAAAAUUGUGGAAGCAUUGAAUCUGGAAGAGUUGGAGAGGUUUGAAAAAGAGUUAAGUGGUGAUGGUGGAAGUGGGAGGUCUCUUGGUUCUACACUUGCUACAAUUCCUUUGGCAAGUUUGGCAAUGAUGAAGCUUCCACCUUCAAUCUGA